AAAAAGGACUUCUUUGAAUUAGAUGCUUCCUUAUGAAUAAUAAGGAAGUGCAUGUAGUCUGAUAUUUGAUCAAUUAACAUUCUAAUAGUUAUGCCAUAUUAAGGAUACAGAAAAGGUUUCAAGGACAUAAUGUUAAAACACAUGGUUUGUGAAGGAACGAUCUUUAUAGCAGCAUUCAUUAGUGCUGAACCAUUUGGGCUUGGUAAUAUACUAGGUACUAAUGCAAGCAGUAUUCCCGACAGUAAAUGGUACCAUGUUGAGUUAUCUUUGAAUUCAUCGCCAGUUAUUUUUGGACAAACUGUUCAACUUGCCUGUGCAACUGAGCAUAAUUCUACCAACGAUUUGUCCAGAACUUGGAUAUUAAAAGAAAGUGGUGCAACAGUAUGUGUAAAUGGGGAAUGUAACGACCCAAAUAAGUACAGCGAUUUUCCGAAAAAUGCGUCUACAUAUAUUCUUCAAAUACACAACUUCAGUAUGCUUGAUGUUAACAAAUGGUACAAGUGCUCUAUUGGGAAUAUUUCGGAUGAAUUACCAAUUUAUCUGAAUGAGCAGAAUUUCGAAUAUCAUCCAAAUGAGUCAGAGGUUACACUCAACACUGAACGAAAAGACGGAUACCUCAAUGUUGAAAUAGUAUUUGAAAAAGUAUUUCCCUCUCCUGUUUGUUCGUUAACAUUUGAUAGUCUUGAUCUUUCAUCGGCAGUAAACACUAUAAAGUGGAACAACGGUUUAUUUUAUUCAAUUGAAUUGGUUAUUAAAGACCAUUUUGUAGGUUAUACUGCAGCUAUUCUAAAUAUAAAUUGCAAAUUUGGGAGGUCAGAUAUUCAUGUAGUGUCGAAGGACUUUCCUGAGAUUGUUAACUCAGAACCUAUGAGCGAUGAAACAAACAGUGAAACAGAGAAAAUUAUUGGUGUGAUUUUUGCGAAUGCAUUACUUACUGUAGUUGGAAUUUUACUAUAUAUCUGUGCUGAACGCCAUUGCACUAAAGUAUGUAAGAGAAAGACAUCAGAACAUAGUUAUCAUGAAUUUGAAAACAAUUGUUCCCAGCAAGAGUUAUAAUAUUCAAAAUUAUGAACCUAAUGCAUUUUAUCUAAAUGAUUAUUGAUCUCUGUAAAUAUUCAUAUAUAUGUAAGAAUAUAUGUAUUCGUCCAUAAAUAAAUAAACACAAUUUGAUUUUG